AUGGGCACCGCAUCCACCCCUAAUAGUGCCGCUGCGAACACCCCCACUGCCGAACCUAGCGGCUCCGCACCGACGAACACGAAUCAGGUCCGUCCAGGCGGUGCCCCAGCGCGGGUGUACAUGAACGAGAAGAUCGUGCCAUACUUGCUAGAGGGGAUGAAGGGCAUUGCAAAGGAGCAACCUGCGAACCCCCUCCGUGCCCUUGGCGAAUUCCUCAUCCAGAAGAGCAACGACGUCGAAGGUCGCCCGCCGUCAUCCGCAGACCAGUAA